UUCAAGCACAGCAAAAGUACCAGUAAAACCAUGGAUUCUUCACUGUUUCUAGCUGUCAGUGAUGGAAAAGUCGAUACUCUUCUUAAUCUUCUCCAAAUCGAUCCUCUAAUCCUGGAACGGGCAGCAACCAGUUCAACUGCUGACAGUCCACUGCACAUAUCCGCCAUGCUGGGACACCUUGGCGUCGUCAAGGAGCUCCUCAAACACAAAAGAGAUGUGCUUAGAUAUGUGAAAGAGUUGAACCAGUAUGGCUUCAGCUCCAUUCACAUGGCCUCUGCAAACGGGCAUGUGGAGGUGGUUAGAGAGCUUCUCCAAAUCAGCCGGGAGCUCUGCAGUCUCAAGGGGAAUGACGGGAUGACUGCCCUUCAUUGUGCGGCUGUCAAAGGAAGGGUGGAAGUGAUUAAUCUCAUCCUUCAAAGUUACCCGGACACCGUUACUGAUCUCACCGCAACACGCGAAACUGCUCUUCAUCUGGCUGUGAAAAAUAACCAGGUUGAAGCUCUUGAAAUGUUGAUCAAACUUGUGAAGGAUUACCACCUUGAUCUAGUGGAGAUAAUCAACUCCAUGGAUGAGGAAGGAAACACUGUCCUGCACCUUGCAGCUUCUAGAAAAAACCGCUCGGCAAUCGAGUUAUUGCUGAAUUGCAAUAACCCAACCCCUGGUGUUUUGGAAGUGAACGCGGUAAACAAGAGUGGGCUAACGCCACUGGAUGUUUUCUUACUAUGUUCAUGUGAAUCUAUGUAUUCGGACAUGGAAAGGCUUUUCAUGAAUUCAGGAGCAGAGAGAUCCUGCAACGUAGACAGCAAAUUCAGGAUUGCUGCUGCUGCUACUGCUCCCAAUCCAACCCCUACAACAACAGUACUUGCAGGGGACGUUAACGGUGGUGUACCGAAUCGGGAAGACAUUAUCAAUUGGGAGGAGUACUUCAAAUUCCAAAUGGAAAAAAGCGAUCCGGACAAAGUCAGAAGCGAUUUGUUGGUGGUUGCUGUGCUAAUGGCAACUGCGACUUACCAAGCAAUGCUCUCCCCUCCGGAUGCUAUGAAGGACAGAGAAAAUAAUAGGUAUGGAUAUAUAUUCCCGUAUUACGCCAUAUGUAAUACUAUAGGCUUUUAUAUGUCCUUGUACAUUAUCCUUAUCCUCACCAACAGUCAUCCAAUGUAUUGGGAAUUAUUUGCUGCUUCCCUUGCCAUGUUUGCUACCUAUGGUUGUGCACUAGGUUCCAUCACACCGCAAGGACACAAUGGGCGAGUCGCCCAAAUCGUGUGUUUUCUAGUUCCUUUUCUAAUAUCCUACGCGGUUCCGAACGUUAGGAAAUGGUACAAAAAGCGCAGGAGGGUUGGAUUGACUCAUCAGAGUGAUCAUGUCCAGAAUGCUUGAAUAUAUACAAGAUUGAUUGGAUCCGAAGGUUAAUUAAUUAGGAAUGUGUUUAAUUAGUAGCUAAGCACCAUAUAUGACUAUUGAUCCUUUUAUGUCUUCUUGAUUAUAAAUAAUGUAUUGAUCUGAUAGACUUUGUGUUUGUGUUUGAGUUUUUGUCUAGCAGUAUCAGUGUAUGGGGUUUUUUCUUGUUUGGUACAUUUAUCAGCGAAUGUAUUUGAUAGACCAUGUUAUGGAAGUGGUUAUGACAGCCAUUUGUUUUUGUUAAGGUUAUCAGACUCUAUAUAAAAAAUAUGAAUAAUUAUGAUUUAAUUAU